UCAACUGCCCCUGUCACAGUAGCAGCCCAGCAGGAACACCUGGCAAAAACCAUGGCGGUAGACCUUCCCAGGUGCCUUCCUCUCCUAUUGCUGCUGGGGCUGUGGGAGCCCAUGGGUCUGCUUUGCACUCAGCCUAAGGGUCUGUCCAAGGCGCGCUGGUUUGAAAUUCAGCACAUAUGGGCUAGUCCUCAGCAGUGCAAUGCAGCCAUGCAUGGUGUCAACAACUAUACCCGAUACUGUAAGCAGAAGAACACCUUUCUGCAUGAAUCUUUCCAGAAUGUGGCUGCUACCUGCAGUUUGCCCAACAUCACGUGCAAGAACGGCCGGAAGAACUGCCACGAGAGUGCGAAGCCUGUCAAAAUGACUGACUGCUCACACACGGGGCAAGCCUAUCCUAACUGCCGCUACAGUGGUGAUGUCCAAUACAAACUCUUCGUUGUGGCCUGUGAACACCCAAAGAAGGACGACCCUCCCUACCAACUGGUUCCUGUGCACUUAGAUAAGGUUGUGUAAGGCUUAGGGUCUUCCCUGAUGUUGGCAUAGGCUCUCUUGCAGUUUAUCCCUCUUUGCCUUUUGUUCCCACAGAAAAGGAAAAGGGUUGGAAAGAUUAAGGUGCCUAAGCUAUCCAAAUGGAGGGUUUUCUUGUUUUGUUUUGUUUUUUAAAAAAAGGGAGUGCAUGAGUAAAUGAGCACUUACUUAGUGCACAGAGGUCCCUAGUUUCAAUCUCCACCCCACCACCACCACCAAGAAAGAAACAAAGAAAGAAACAAGGAAAGGAGGAAGGAAGGAAGGAAGGAAGGAAGGAAGGAAGGAAGAAGAAAGAGGGUUACCUUUGCUGAAGGAGGAAUAGAAGAAAAGCAUAACGAAGGUCCAAGCUUCUGAACACUUUAUCCUGCAAUUUUUUUUGCAUCAAGCUUUAUUGUACUAUGCUCAUAGAAUUAAAAAAAAAAUCUUCUUUUUA